GGUACACAUGACUGCAGGCAGAUAGAGCAGUGUUUCACUUCCCUGCUUGCAGACCUUUCAUCAAUGAUCAAAGCUACAUCAUGACGCUGACACUGUACUACCUCGACAAUUCGCGAGCCUUCAGAGUCCUGUGGACCGCCUUCGAGCUGGGCAUCGGAGACCAGGUGAAGGUCAAGACAUUCCCCCGCGUGAACGGCAAGAAGGCCGUUCCGGAAAUGUCUAAGAACUCGGGCUUCUCCCUCGGCAAGUCCCCUUUCAUCAUCGACGACACAGACGGUGAGGAGGUGCAAGUGUACGAGAGUGUGGCGUGUAUAGAGUACCUCAUCGAAAGAUACGGUAGCGGAAAGGGCAUGGAGCUUCUACCGCCCGUAGGCAAGUGGGCAGAACGCAGUCGUGCCUCUGCGCUCCUCUCUUUCUGCGAAACGCCCUUCACGCAUGCCCUACCCAUCGUCUACUCUCAGUGGUUCAUGCCUGAAGGCAAUGAAAGGAUCCUUAAAACGCUCACUUCCAGCAUGGCCGUCAAUGUUCAAAAGGACCUCGACUUCUACGAAAGCACGAUUGCCUCCAACAAGGACAAGUACGGACCUCAGGACGGUCUCUACCUCGCAAACGGCAAGUUCUCAGCAGCGGACAUUGCCAAUGCCUUUUCGGCAGAGUACGUUCUGGCCAAGGCGAUUGGAACGGAAGACAAGAAGUGGCCCAAUGUCGAGGCUUGGCUGAGAUUGAUUGAGGCGAGACCGGGGUACAAGGAGACGAAGAAGGCUGCGGGUCUGCAUGACUUUACGCUGCUGGAGCGGGAGGGCGGGAAUUUGUGAAUGCAUUGCCAUAGAGAUGCGAGAGGAAGGACAAGGGGUCGGGACCACGGCGAUGGCUUAGUUGGUUUGCCCUCCAUACCACCGUGCGAAAAUAGGACAUGAAUGAAGUGCGUGCAGAUACAGUGUCUUCGUAAGAUUCGUCAUCGCCGAUUCGAGAUCGGCAUCGUAAAAAAGAGGGGACGUCAUCAGAAACAGGACCUGGGACUCAGCAGGCGCGUGCUUUAUCACCAAUUUCCGGUGGCCCAAAGGAUCCAGAUGGCGGCGGUGAUACCGAAGGUCAGCAGUCUUCCCACCGGACUGCUCCUGGAGAUUUCC